GUGGGCUUCCGACCCUCACUGACCUCGGACGGGGCGGAAGCGGACCUCAGUGCCUCGGCGCUGCAGGACAUCUACCUGUCCGGACUGCGCUCCUGGAAAAGGCAUCUCUCCCGGUUCUGGAAUGACUUUCUCACUGGUGUGUUCCCUGCCAGCCCCCUCAGCUGGCUCUUCCUCUUCAGUGCAAUCCAGCUCGCCUGGUUCCUCCAGCUGGAUCCUUCCCUGGGACUGACGGAGAAGAUUAAAGAGUUGCUGCCGGAUUGGGGUGGACAGCACCACAGGCUUCGCGGGGUCCUGGCGGCCGCACUGUUUGCUUCGUGCCUCUGGGGAGCCCUGAUCUUCACACUUCACGUGGCUCUCAGGCUGCUGCUGUCCUACCACGGCUGGCUCCUCGAACCCCACGGAGCCAUGUCCUCACCCACCAAGACUUGGCUGGCCCUGGUCCGCAUCUUCUCCGGCCGCCACCCAAUGCUCUUCAGUUACCAGCGCUCCCUGCCGCGCCAGCCGGUGCCCUCCGUGCAGGACACCGUGCGCAAGUACCUGGAGUCCGUCCGGCCUGUCCUUUCGGACGAGGAUUUCGACUGGACGGCGGGCCUGGCUCAGGAAUUCCUGAGGCUGCAGGCGUCGCUGCUGCAGUGGUACCUGCAGCUCAAGUCCUGGUGGGCGUCCAAUUACGUCAGUGACUGGUGGGAAGAGUUCGUGUACCUUCGCUCCCGCAACUCGCUGAUGGUGAAUAGCAACUAUUAUAUGAUGGACUUCCUGUAUGUCACGCCCACACCCGUGCAGGCUGCUCGCGCCGGGAACGCUGUGCACGCCCUGCUCCUUUACCGCCACCGCCUGAACCGCCAGGAGAUCCUGCCGACGUUGCUGAUGGGAAUGCGGCCCUUGUGCUCCGCCCAGUAUGAGAAGAUAUUCAACACCACGCGGGUGCCUGGGGCCCAGAAAGACCACCUGCGCCACCUCCGGGACAGCCGGCACGUGGCCGUGUUCCACCGGGGCCGGUUCUUCCGCGUGGGCACCCACUCCCCGAGCGGCCUGCUGUCCCCGCGCGCCCUGGAGCAGCAGUUUCAGCGAAUCCUGGACGACCCCUCGCCCGCCUGUCCCCACGAGGAGCACCUGGCGGCGCUGACCGCGGCGCCCAGGGACCUGUGGGCGCAGGCGCGGAGGUCCCUGAAGAGCUGCGCGGGGGAGGCCCUGGAGGCGGUGGAAGGGGCCGCUUUCUUUGUCUCGCUGGACUCGGAGCCCGCGGGGCUCACCAGGGAGGACCCCGCGGCCUCCUUGGACGCCUACGCCCACGCCCUGCUGGCUGGCCGGGGACACGACCGCUGGUAUGACAAGUCCUUCACCCUCAUCGUCUUCUCCAACGGGAAGCUGGGCCUCAGCGUGGAGCACUCAUGGGCGGACUGCCCCGUCUCAGGGCACAUGUGGGAG